CUUUGGGGUGUCUCAAGGCUGGUCAAGUUCAGUCUCGCCGCGCUCGCCAGUGGACGCAGCCGAGCGUCGCCUCUCUCCUCGCGCGAGAGAGAUCCUGUGCUUUUGCUUCGUUUUUAUUAAACAGUCUGCGAAUGUGAACUGAUUUGUUACGUAGACUCCGACGGACGGACGUGGCUCGUGGCUCGUAGCAGUGCGCCGCGGUUGAGUCGAAAUGUGAGCGUUGGUGCAGCGCGCGCGGGUGUUUGUGGCGAGACUGCCUGACCGGAAGUCCAGACGAGCACUCAUGGCCGGAGAAUAUGAGAUUUUGCGCCCGCGGUUUGACGUGGUUCGGAUAGACUGAGGUGCAUGAGUGAUUCAGAGGAUGGGCCAGAAUAUGUGUUGCCCCAAGAAGGGGCCGCCACCCCCAAAUCACCCAGGGCCGUUUGACCACAUAGAUCCAGUCGAAGGAUUUAACUUGGUGGAAGUUACACCUGUCAAUGGCAUCCCACGGGAAAAUGCCUAUUCCGGAACCCAGGUUGCCGUUACAACAAACUAUAUUGUUGAAGGUAAAGCGGAUGGCAACGCCUCCAUGACACCACCACACGGUGGUGGAGGAAACCCUCGCUAUUAUCCAGACCCGUCCAGAGGCGGCAGACCUGCUUAUAACUCUCAACAACAUGGAGUCGAUGUUAUCCGGUCAAAUUCAGGACAAG